CAAACACCUCUACGAACCUUCCCUCUCAUAUUACAUCCAUUGUCUUUCGAUUCUUCUCCCAAUCGCUGCUCCUGUCACGGUUGUUUCGUCGUUGUCGUGGCUGUGUAGGCGGUGAUCAACAAGAUUGCAUGUUGCCCCUGAUGCCCUGAUGCCGGCCGUCGAAGCGUCAACCGUCCCUUUAGCCGAAUCCGGCCUCGUCGUCAGAAUGGAAGAUCGGAAAAGACCUGCUGCUUACGAUCCAAAUGAAUCUACCCCUCCCUUGAAGAAACAGGCUACCUCGUUGAAUGGUGGUGCCAAGCCUCACCCAGACUCCGAUAUGCCCUGGAAAGAUGACCUGGAACGCUUUCAAAAAGAUGCCAUUUUGCGCCAGAUGCAAGAAUACAAACGCGAGAAGAGUUCGUUGGAAACGAGAUUAAAGGAAUUGACGAAAGCAACUGAAUAUCACAACGAUCACCUUCGUAUAAUUGAUGCGUGGUUUAAACAGUUAAUUGAUGAGGUCAAAAUUCUACUCAAUUCGCCAGCUGACGAAAAUCAAGAUAAACAAUCUUUCCCUAGUGCAUUAUUUUUCGCGGACCAUGAAAACUUCGAAAAACAUUUACAAGCACGCUCCAAUGAUAUUAAAGCGACUAUUUCUAAACUAUUUUCUCGCUCCGAAAAUGUUUCUGCUGAAGUCAUCGAUCUUCAAGGUCGGCUCGCCAAGAAGCUUGCAGAGGAAAAAGUCACAAUUGCGGAAUUAGAAAAGAGCCUUAUAGAUAAGCAACAGCUCGAAGAGCGACUAGAUGCUGCGUCAUUAAGGUAUAUGGUUGCUGAAAAGAAAAUUGACCGGGCUAGAAGUAUGACUGUAGCGCGCUUGGAAAAACAAUAUAUCCUUGGAGCGCAAAGACCUAGCGGAGACAAUUCAACGUAUAAGCGAGAAGAUAUCUCUUCUUCCAAUGGAGUUGGAGAUCCGUCUGACAGAAUCACCGAACUGGAAGAGGGCCGCAAUAGAGCCGUUGCCAUAUCGGAUAAACAAAAGGAACAGCUAGAGAAAUUGGAAGCGGAAAAUUCCAAGCUGUUAACCCAAAUCACAGAGUUAAAUAUAAAAUUCUCGAAGCUAUCCGAUGAAGACUAUGCCCAUACGGACCUGUUCAAACAAUUAAAGUCACAGCAUGAGGACGUCAUCAAACGAAUAAACCAUCUCGAGGCAACCAAUGUGCAACUUCGUGAGGAAGCGGAGAAGCUGCAGGCGGAAAGGAAUGCAUAUCGAAUCCAAAUCGAAAAUGAGUCUCAAGCUGCGGUUGGAGAGAAAGAGGCCCAGCUCGCCAAAACAGAGUCAGAUCUAGCUCGGAUUCGAAAUGCUCGUGAUGAACUUCUUGCGGACCAACAGAUGAGAAAGGCUGCCCAGGAACAGGAGAGAACCUCUAUCUGCCAAACAAGGGAAUUACUCGAUGCAAAAGAAUCUCGAAUCAGCGCAUUGGAGUCAGAAAUACAACGUUUACAACUCCAGCUGGACGGAGUCAAGGAUGGCAGUCCUCAAAUCGAAGACCUACCUUUGGAAGAACUAAGGGCCAAGUAUCAAACGCUGGAAAAGCAAUACGAAUUGUUAAACACCGAGCUAGCUUCUAUGCAAACUGCAUUUAGGAAAACAUCCAAAUUAGCUUCGCAAAAGAUCGCAGACCUCAAUAUCCUUGAAGAGAGGGUUCAGCGUUUGACAGCGGAGAAAUCAAAGGCGGAUCAAAAGUACUUUGCGGCAAUGAAGAGCAAAGAGGCCCGGGAUGCUGAACUUCGAUCCUUGCGAAUCCAAAAUAUGAAAAGCUCGGAUAUAGUCUCUCAGCUCAAAGACGCAGAAACUAUAACUCGCUCCUUGGUGUCCAACGUGGAGAAACAACUCGCCGAAACCAAAGAAACUCUCACAAACACUUUAUCGCAAUACCAUGGAGCUCGUCAACAACUCGCGGAAGCAGAUAUCGUCAUCCAAGGAUUAAAUUCACAAGUAACGGAGCUCAAAAAACAAAUUGUCGCCAAAGACUCUUCCCUCUCAUUGGCGACGAAUGCAUCCCGUAAAGCUGAGACGGAAGUCGAGGGACUUAAAGCUACAUUAGCGGACACUAAGAAGAACCUGGAAUCGUGGAGGAAUAAAGGACUGGGCAAUUCUUCAACCGAAUAUGAAAUGUUGAGAUCACUUGCGUUAUGUACUGUCUGCCGAAGAAAUUUCAAAAACACAGUUAUCAAAACCUGCGGACAUGUCUUCUGCAAGGAGUGUGUGGAAGAGCGGCUGACAUCCCGGUCGAGGAAAUGUCCCAAUUGCAAUAAAUCAUUUGGAAGCAACGACCACAUGCAUAUCACCCUUUAACAAGUUUUAAUACGUGUGCUUUAUUUUUUGUAUUUUCUUUGGUGAUCCACAGACGUCCCUGAGUAAUUUAUACUACCUUGUGGAUGCAUCGUUUUUCCACACAAGAGCUUUUAUUUUCCCCAUUCAUGUACUAUAGCCUCUUCCUCUUCUUCUCUGGUCUUCGUUUCAUAACACUGGCUGUUUUUGCUUUCUUCGUCCCUCUUAUGCCAGUCACGUUUUACGCCUGACGUCUGUGGUUCCAGGAUAAUAUUUUUCUUAUAUCCUUUUUGUUCGUUUGUUCUCUUACGAACGUUACCAGUCCCAGUGAUCUUGAAUCCUCUCUCAUAUGUGUUAUGUCAUCUUUGUGCAGGGUGCAAGAAUAAGGAUUACAAUGGAAGAAAUGGAAGGCGGGAAAAUUGCAUACAUCCUGCCUACACGCAAAUCUUCCAUUUUAACGUUUUGAUUACAGUGCAAUUGGAUAGGGCCAACUUCCUUUUCUUUUUCCCCUUCACCCCAGGGCUGUCCAAUAUUCACC